GGAAGCUUAAAGGUUACUUGAAUAACUAUGGGACACUUUCUAAAUCUCAUAAAGCCUGCCUCGCACGCGGUAGUGUAUACGUAGUCGCAACCUGAACAAGAUAAGCAUCUUAAUAGAAGGCAUGACUUCUUACUUAAUAAUACCAUAACUUGAUAAGUGUGAACGCAAAUGGCAGAAGAAACAAACAUUCUCUAUAAACAACCCCUAGACAAUAAUCCUUCUAUCAAUCUAACAUUGUCAGCAGAGAACGGAAAUAAACCAGAAGUUAGGGAACAGAGCCCGCCGAAAAAGGUUUCAUCGUUGGGCGAUGGCUGGUGUAAAGGGUUGUUCUGUGGACAACGCAUUUGCCUGCAGAGGCCGGGCUGUGCCCAUUGGUUCCUUAUCCUUAUCGUGCUCGCAAUUAUAGUAGUCGCUGCAGUAGUUCCGCCGGUUUGCGUACUGCGGGGAUGCGGAAGCCACAAACAUACGGAACAGGCACCCGAACCUGUUUAUCGCCUGAUCGUCAGCUUCCAGACCAUUGAGAAAACGGUCAAAAGCAUCGUACCCCCGGCCCUGUACGAAUAUGUCGAUGAGGUGCUGCUGCAAAGCUCGGGUCUUCACAUCGUUUCUUUCAACAGCUCUGAGGUCAAAGCCGCCAUUCGGGACCUCAUUGAGGCGCAACCGGAUUUGGAUCUCCUCUUGGAAGACAGAGAGUUUUACAGAGCGCCCCAAGGGGACAUGUUGGCUGCCGACAGUGAGGCCGCUUCGAAAGCGGCUGCAGCGGCAGCUGCUAUUAAGGCGGCGAUUGCCGCGGCUGCCGUAUCGCCCAAUGUGUCGGCCGCGGCAGCAGCAGCUGCUGCGGCUGCUGGUUCUGCCACCACCACGCAGCGUCGGCACCUGGCAGCUGACGCCUCCACUAGCAACUAUGAGGGCAGUUUGUGGCAGCGGUCAGUGGUCAAUUUCGAUGGAGCUUGGAACAUCACGGAGGGCGUUGCCGGCGUGGUGAUCGCGGUCAUCGACACGGGGUGCGAGCUCAACCACCCAGACUUGAAGAGCAAUAUCUGGGUCAACGAACUGGAACUGGGCGGCGACCCGGGGGUGGAUGAUGAUGGCAACGGUCUCAUAGACGACAUCUAUGGCUACGAUUUUUCGGGCGACCCCACAACCACACCCAAGCCGAAGGACAUACACAGCCAUGGAACGCACUGCGGAGGUAUCGCAGCUGCCGCUUACAACGGCCAGGGUGUAUCCGGUGUCGCCCCAAACGUGAGGAUCAUGUGCCUGAAGGCUGCAGGGACGGAGUCGGGUGUGUUCUACACGUCAGCCGUGCUGAGGGCGCUCGACUAUGCGCACAACAUGGGUGCGCACAUCGUGAGCUGCAGCUUCGGCCCGCAGCUGCCCAACUUGUUCCCCAGCAAGGCGGAGCAAGAUACCAUGUGGAACGAAACCAAGGCCUACCAGAAGGCACUGCGGCCGCUGGUGCGGAAGGACAUGCUGAUUUUCGCAGCUGCAGGCAACGAGAACUUCUUGCUUGAUGACCUAGACAAGGCUAACAGCACCUACAACCCCUGCACCAUGGCCCGCUACUACCCCAACAACAUGAUGUGCGUCAUGGCAACGAACCCACAGGACCAGCGCAUGCAUGAGCUCUCCGGAAACGUCGACAUUGGAUCCAACUACGGCACCAAGUACGUGGACAUCGGGGCUCCAGGCCGGCAGAUUCUGUCCACCGUGCCCUCCUUGUACGGCACGGGCUACCAGCUCUACGCCAACAAAACCGGCUCCUCCGCGGCCACCCCCUUGGUAGCUGGCGUGGCUGCACUCAUCCUGUCCGUGAUUGGGCCUGCAUCCUGUGACUUUUACCAGGGUUCCAAGGCGCUCCAGAUCCUGGUCGACUCCUCCGACAAGAUCCCCAACCUGCCAGUCCGGACCAGCAGCCGUGUCAACGCGGCCCAGGCGGUACUGAAGGCCCGAGCCUCUCUUGACAACCUUUUCUUACUGACACCCAUGACUGGGUUCAACUCAACCAACCAGACCGUUAUGAUUAACGGCUUUAACGAAACGUAUUUCGCGGGCGACAUUGGGCUGGAAGACCAGUCGUACGCCUCGUUAAACAUAUACGACACGUCUGCACGGUUCACCAAGUCGCUGUUCGACAGCUACAAGUACGGAGCAGGGUACACGCUGGUGGUCCGAGCGUCGGUGUACCUGAACCAAAGUGGCAUCUAUCUGAUGAAGAUAAGCACCACGGCCAACAGCGUUGACCUGGUGAUCAAGCUGGGUCAGAGCAAGCUGGCCAAUUUGAACACCACCAUCCAGCUGAGUACGGAUACCGCUGGCGGCUGGUACGAGUUCCAGCUGCGCUAUCGUAACCCGGUUGCGCCGAUUGAUAUCCGGAUGGCACUUCCCAACUCGGGGGGCGCUGCCGGUGACUAUCAGUACCUGAACGUGUUCUACGUUUCCACGGACUUCCAGCCCGGAAACCUGUACUACGCGCCUAGCAUCGCACUAUCUUCAGCGUUCCAGGUUCUGACUCGUCCCGUCAACGCCUCCACCCUCACCCGCGCCAGCAUCGCCGACGGCCCCUUCCCCAAGCUGCAGCUGGACCAGCCGUACAACUACAGCUCCGUGCUCCCCGACCUCAGCUUCACCGACAUGGCAACCGGCCUGCGGGACGCGCUGUACCCAAACAUGAACGACACUGUGCCCAUGUCCGUUGUCGGCAUCGUGCACACACGUCUGCGGGCACCGGAGAUUCCUAUGCGAUUCCAGCUCACAUGCCAGCUCUGCGCCCUGUACAUCAACUCGCUCCAAGUGCUAGACGUCUUCACCGCCUCUACCUCCACCGGCACCACCACCACCACCACCACCACCAGCAUGCCAACCAAGCUGAGCGGCUGCCUAGCGCAGCUCAGCAGCAGCCGCUUCCCCACCCACGACCUCACAAUUCGCUUCGCCCUGGCUAACACCUCGGCCACCGGCUUCAAGCUGUCCUGGAUGCCCUGCGAUGCGCUCAGCGGCAGUCAGGCCACCACGGUCACCACGCAUGUGGCCAACAACCUGCUUUGGAAGCCCUCGAGUGGUGUGGCGGGCUACGUCCCCGGCAUGCAGUGCGACGUGUGGCCUGACGGGUAUCCUUUGCCCCUGGGAGAGUCCGCUCCCUACCCCUACGAGUCGCAGCCCUGGCUCAAGUUCCGACUGCCCAUUGCGAUCGCGCAAACACCUCGAGUCUACAACAGCUCCACCCUGGGCACAUAUGUCAACUCCAACUUCUCCUCUUCCUCGGGAUGCCGUGCGGACAACGAGAGCUUCAGCAACGGCUGCUACAGCUACGCCUCGCUUACCUUGAAUGACGUGUUCAACAGCAUCGGCGCGCAGUACACCAUCGCCGGCACCGCCCUCAGCUUCGUGUACAUUCGCUGCUACACCUACGUCAACCGGGGCUUCAGGUCGGGUGUCACGUCGCUGCGCACCAGCUCCACGCAGUAUACCUUCCUGGGAAGCCAGAGCGUCUACCGCAAUGAGAAGACGACAGCGCUGCGUGGGCCCUACAACGCCGCCUCCACCGCGCCCAACGUCACCAGCAUGCAGGGAUACUACCAGCUGCUCGUGUUUGAGAGCCGCUAUGUGGGUCCCGCCAGCCAGGUGGGCCUCCUAGACGGCGGCUUCAACGGCAACAUGUCUUCCGACAACUUCAAACUCGACAUGAGCAACACGCUGCUUCCCAUCCCCGUCGUCAGCAGCACCACCAGCAGCGCUACUCGCCCAUCCCUGCGGCUGCUCCUGUCGCCAUCGUCGUCCGAGCCCUCUGAAACGCCAUCAUCGAGGUUUUCCUCCUCUGCUUCUUCCGUUCCUUCCUCCGCUUCCUCUGCCAAAGAAAAAGGGCAAAUGCCAAGGCAUGCAGCAGCAGCAGCAGCAGCUGCAGGAGGUCGCAGAGGGCUCCUCCAAACCGCCGUUUCUUCUUCAGGCUACAUGCCCACGGCGCUAGGCAGCUCGGCUUGGAGCCUGAGUCAAGUUAGCUCGACGCAACGUAUCGUGGCAACGGUUUUCCAACCAAACGCUACUGCGCCAUACGAGGCCAUACCCGGCCUUUCGUCGCUGGUUGUGAACAAUUACACGUCUACGGCGGUUCAGUCGGUGGUGUCGGUGGCAGGCAGCCUUUCGGGCUCGGUUCCGGUUCCUGCGAACGGAGCAGGCACCAACCGCUACGUGCGUGUGGAGGGUUUUUUCCGCAGCCCUGCCGCCGCGGGUGAGAUGAGCAAGUACGUGCUGCGUGUGAGGGACGGCGACGGCCAGUCGGUGGCCAUCACCAUGGGAAACAUCACCGUGAGAAACGCGGUGGAGUUCCCGACGCAGACCGUGCUGCAAACGCGCGGAGAGAUCGUGUUACCAGCUGGGUUCGUUCCCACACUUGUUACGGUUAAGAACAAGCGGAGCGAUGCAAAGGUUGUGUUGGACUUGGGGUUGACGCCGACUGCUGCUGCUGCUACCAGCCAGACGGAGGUUGCGAUGGAGUGGUAUCCGCUGGCAACCAGUGCAGCCAAUGCCAGCACGACAGCCGGACGGUAGUAGAAACACUCAGCCGUUGGCUUAGGUAAUAACUAGGUUACGUUGGAGCCUCUAUCUGCCUCCAGAUAAGGUAUCGAUAACAAUUUGCCAGCGCAGCAUGGCAGCAGGAGUGUCAGGUCUUUCUUAAUGGCGGUUGGGGCACGGCAGCAGGGCCGCAGGGCUCGGUUGGAAGGCGGCGUCAUUAUCAUUAUUAUUGUUACAUACGCCGGAAACAGUCCUGGCGUGGAUUAAGAAGGCGAGGGAAAGUGGUGUCGAGGGUAAUGGGCUGGACCCUGGCUGGACGGCUGGAGGGCAGGUUUGUAGCGCGCUGGAGGGGACCUGGAAGGGAUGAGACACAGGUGUUGCAUGGUUGCGUAACCCUUGUGUGUCGCAACACCGAAUUCGUAGCGUUUCCCACCCACCUAUGGUUGGUGGGUCGCUCACAUUCAUGGUGCGGGCCCAUGCACUUUGUUCGUGCGGGUCGUGUGGUCGAUUGGAUAACCUCUGCGUUGCUCAAGUUGUUUCAUGCAAGUUAAUACGUGCGUGCGCCUGCCGAAUAUGCAGACACGGCGCUGAGAAGGCGCCGUGGAUGGUUGGCUGUUCAUAUUUAUUAGAAUCCAGGAUGCUAUUGCUUAAUCGUGCGUAUAUGGCGAUUAUUGGUGUGUUAAAAAGUACUGGCCGCGAGUCGGAACGUGCUGUAAUUGUUGCAUGCGCGGGUGUUCCUCUGGUAUCUGUGCUUACGAAGCCAGCUGUGGGUAGCCUUGCAUUACACUCGUGUAAUGGAGCGUGCACCCAGUCUGAAAGGUGCUGGGCCAGGUACCCCAGCAGCGGUUUAAAGUGGGGCACCCACCGGGUACUGCGCAUUUGUGCGCACGUGUGCGUGGGAAGGAUGGGAUUAAUUUGAAAACACUUUGCUAGGAGGAGCUACCAUCGGGCCCUAGCUCAGGGCUGUUGCAUUUGUGGUCAUUCAUACUGAGGAUUGUUGCGCGGUGCUGUUGGGCUUCUCUUUUUGCCUCUUUUGGCUGUUUUCUUUUGUUCGAAGCGCAACGCUGCGGGAUUGAAGCUUGAGAGACGCGCGCUGGAGUGAGCUAGGGGGUGGAAGAGCAGCCCGCAUGUGCCUGCGUGAGCCAGCGGAUGGCAGUGCUUUAUGGUGUUGUUGGUUCGACAGCUUCUUCGUUUCAAGAGGUUGUGUGGAGUAGGUGAAGGAGGUCAGGGCGGUUCUGGUGUGGGAGGAUUGGGCCCAAUUCAACAUGUUCACAUUUGUUGAUUAGGUUGAUUUUAUCGCCUGGCUUACUAAGGGAUGAUGGGAGGGAAAACACAUGUGG